UUCAACUCUUACUGAAGUAAAUGUUAGCUCUGAGGUGUCUAGUGAAUGUAAAGAGAGACCAUCAGAAGCUCCUGACUCCCCGUUUCCUAAUGAGCGUGCUAGUGAAAGCAUCCAUCAACUGAAAUAUGCCUUAGAGGGAAGACAGUUUGCAGAGGAUGAGGGUGAAGCUGGAUUUGACCACUGCUCUGUGGACCAGGGCAGUGAUGAUGUGGAUGGGGGCAAUGAUGACAACAGGAAUGCAGCCUGGCAGGAACCGCAGCACAGUCAGGCAGUUAAUCAACUUAAAAUUUUGUUGCAACAUCAAGAAGGAACGGAAAGUGAAGUCUCGUUGUCAAGGAGGAAGAUGUCGUUCUGUAAACCUCCAGAAGCUGCAACUGGAGAUUUGCCAGCCCUUUCUGAUCUCGUUCCUAUAAUCAAUGAUCAGUCACAGUACAUUAACCAUUUAGAAGCAGAAGUGAAGUUUUGCAAGGAGGAAUUGUCUGGGAUGAAAGAUCGAGUACAAGUAGUUGUACUUGAAAAUGAGGAACUCCAUCAGAAACUGAAAUUCUUAACUGCAGAACAUAUGUUGAGAGAACAAACUCUUCUAGAUGCCUCAGCAAAUACUCAGAACUCCUGGCCUGCAGGUGGUAAUGACUGUAGCAUGCGUCAGCCUGUCACCUCAUCACCAGCACAUAACAAAAAUCAGGCUUUUGUUACAGCAGCUGUUGGAGAAAUAGAAAAAUGGCCUGUAGAACUGGAGAAACUAAAACUUAUUUAUCAAGAAAAAGUCAAUAUCCUUGAUGCUCAAAUACAGUCUCUAAGAAAAGAACUUUCAGAAUCUCAGAAGACAUGCAAAGAUUUGGAAGGAAGGCUAAAACACCAGAAGUCACUCACUUCAGCCACAAAUUCUACCCCGGUUGGUGGUCUGUGUCUGAAAUGUGCACAGCAUGAGGCAGUUCUUGCACAGACUCAUUCUAAUGUUCACAUGCAGACCAUCGAGAGGGUAACAAAAGAAAGAGAUGACUUGAUGGAUGCACUUGUUUCACUGAGACGAAACAUGAGAGAGAUGCAGCAUAGAGAAUCUAAUGCAUGUGAGCAAGUUAAACAAGCUGUGCAAAUGGCAGAAGAGGCCAAUUUAGAAAAAACAAAGGCUCUAGUCCAGUGUGAGCAGCUGAAAAGUGAGAUGGAACGGCAGAAAAAUCGUCUUGAAAGGGAAUUAGCUGCCCAGCUAAAUAAGAGGACUGAUGAAAAAGAAGCGCUGCGGGAAGAAAUGAAGAAGGAAAGGGAGGACUUGGCAGCAAUGGUGAUGGCCAUGUCUGAGAAUGUGGCCAUGUUGGAGGCUCAGGUAGAGAGAAUUACAAGAGAAAAGAACUCUCUAGUUAACCAGUUAGAAGAAUCGCAACAUCAGCUUGCAUCUCAUGAAAUGGAGAUGAAUAAGGUGUGUGGAGAAAUGCGCUAUCAGUUGAAUCAAACCAAAAUGAAGAAGGAUGAGGCAGAAAAGGAGCUCAGAGAGUACAGAACAAAAACUAUAAGGGAGCUUGAAAUUAAGGACCAGAAAAUAGAAAAACUGGGACUAGAGCUGAAUGGGAACAAACAGCAUUUGGAACAAGCCCAGCAGGAUGUGACAGGAGCCAGAGAGGAGUGCCUAAAACUGACAGAACUGCUGAGUAAAUCUGAACACCAACUGCACCUCACCAGAUUGGAGAAAGAGAGCAUUCAGCACAGCAUUAGCAAUGAAGCAAAGGCCCGAGCCCUUCAGGCCCAGCAAAGAGAGCAGGAGCUGACACAGAAGAUGCAGCAAAUGGAGGCCCAGCAUGAGAAAACUGUAAAUGAACUGGAUUCGUUGCUGACCUCCCAGAAUACAUUCAUAACAAAAUUAAAAGAAGAAUGUUUUCUGUUGGGAAGGAAGUUGGAACAAAUGUCAGAAAAAUACAGAUCUGAAGUCAACCAGCUUAGUCAGGAAAAAGAGUAUCUUCAUGGCAGAUUGGAGAAGAUGCAGAAACGGAAUGAUGAAUUGGACCAACAGUGUAUCCAGCAUGGGAGAAUGCAUGAGAGGAUGAAGUCGAGGUAG